GUUGAAGCGUGGGGCUCCGCAGAGGAGCGUCGAGCUAUGAAGAGAAGAUGGUUAGCGUCGGGUGUUUUGGUGACGUUCACAGUGUUCAUGCUUUAUCUAAGCUCGCGGGUUGUAAGAAAUAGGGUGGCGACGGUAAGGUUGGCCGGCGAGAAGGAUAAAAACCCAAGAUCGAACCGAGAUCUGAAGAAAAUUCUCUACUGGAACUCGUUCUUCGGGUAUGAAGACUACGCAUUCGGGUUCGGCAGGGCACCGUUCGUGAAGAACAAUUGCCCCGUCGACAACUGCCUCGUCACCAACCGCCGAGACGUAGGCCCGAAUCUCGAGGACUUCGACGCCAUAAUCUUCCACGCGUGGCAGCUGGGGUGGAUCACCAAAAGGGCUUUGUCCGCCAGAAGGCGCCCUCACCAGAGGUACGUGUUCUUCCUGCUAGAGUCUCCCAGCAUACAUCGCUCGAGGCUGGACCACCUGACCGAUUUCUUCAACUGGACCAUGACCUACCGCCGGGACUCGGACAUCUACAGGCCGUACAGUCUGUUCGUGCCGGUGAACGAAUCGCGCUCCUACCUGGACCUCGACCAGAUGCGACAUCCCGUUUGGGCGGACCCUGUGAACGCGACUCCCGUGGAAGUUCCCUCGGGGAAGACGAGACUGGUGGCUUGGUUCGUGUCCAACUGCCGCACGCCGGGCAAGCGGGAGCUGUACGUCCAAGAGCUCAGCAAGCACGUGCAGGUCGACGUCUACGGCAAGUGCGGGUCGCCGGAGUGUCCCUGGCACAAGAGAGGAGAGUGCUUGCGCAGGUACAAGUUCUACCUGUCGUUCGAGAACUCGCUGUGCCGCGACUACGCGACGGAGAAGCUCUUCUCCGUGAUGCGGCACGACGUGGUGCCCGUCGUGUACGGCGGCGCCGACUACCGGGAGGUCGCCCCUCCGGGUUCGUACGUCGACACCAAGGACUUCGCGAACCCCGAGCGUCUGGCGGAGCACCUCAAGUACCUGGACGCCAACCCGCGCGAGUACGCCAAGUACCUGAGCUGGAAGCGCUCGUACGCCGUCAGGGACGACGUAAUGGCUCUCGCCAUGUGCAAGCUGUGCGCGAUGCUCAACGACCCGUCGCUGCCGCCGAAGAGCUACGGCGACAUACACCAGUGGUACGGUGGCCCGCCCGUUUGCCGGUAUCCGGUGUCCAAAUGGAGUAGGUAUCGGAGAAGGUAACACAACAAGCUGAACAGCGAAAGCACCAGUUUAGUUCCUUGGAUUCAGGUAUUAGUUAAAAUUGGUUCUUAUUUAUAACCAAAGACCAAACCUGAUCGUCUUGGCUGCAAGGAAACAAAUACUUAUGAACGGCAAUAACUGUAUUAUAAAGUGCAAUCUUACUAAAAUAAAAUAUUUUAUUAAUUGUUAGCGUAAACAAAUAAUUUGAUUGUAUGUAGGUACUUUUGUGGUUUUGCAUUUAAUUUAAUUUUUUAACUUCUAAUAUAUUUUUUGUUGAAUCUGUUAUAAAGUAUAAAUUAUUUUUCGUGGUUAAACAUUUACAGAUUUUGUGACGUUAAAAGUAAAUAUUCUGUUA